AUGUGGCGCGCGGUCUCGCUGCUCGCGGUGGCGGUGGCGGUGACGGUGGCGAGCGCCGAACACGUGCGCGAGUUUGCCGUGCGCGAGAACGCCGCCGCCGGCACGCUCGUCGGCCACCUCGGCGACGAGCUGCCCGACGCCGCGCCCCCCUACACCCUCGUCCCCGUCCCCGGCAGCGCCGUCGACGACGACCUCCGAGUCGAUCCCCACACCGGCGAGAUCAGGACCAGAGUAAAACUCGACCGCGAAACCAGGGACCACUAUGCCCUUGUCGCCAUCCCCGCCAGUGGAGACAACAUCCGCGUCGUUGUCCGAGUCCUAGACGAAAAUGACAACGCUCCCGUCUUCCCCACACCCGUGAUGAACGUCGAAUUCUCCGAGAACACCCCUAGGGACGUGAAGAGGAAACUCAAUCCCGCGAAAGACAGGGAUUUGGGUGUCUACAACACGCAGAGGUAUAACAUCGUGUCGGGGAACACAGAUAACGCUUUCCGACUGUCUUCGCACAGGGAAAGAGAUGGAGUUCUAUAUUUGGAUCUUCAGAUCAACGGGUUCCUCGAUAGGGAAACAACGGACCAUUACGAGUUAGUUAUAGAAGCUUUGGACGGAGGGAAUCCGCCCUUGAGGGGGACGAUGACUGUAAAUAUAACAAUAUUAGAUGUAAAUGAUAACCCACCGGAGUUUGCGGAGAGUGCAUAUUCCGCGACUAUUCCAGAGAAUGCUACAGUCGGUACAACAGUUUUGAAAGUGUCGGCCACUGAUGCUGAUUCGGGUGAAAAUGGCCAAAUAGAAUACUCAAUAAACAGACGGCAAAGUGAUAAGGAGAAUAUGUUCAAAAUUGAUCCGCAAACGGGAGAGAUCACCGUUAACAAAGUUUUAGAUUUCGAGACUAAAGAAUUGCACGAGCUGGUCGUGGUGGCGAGAGACAAAGGUGCUCAACCACUAGAAACGACAGCUUUUGUUUCUAUACGGGUCACGGAUGUGAACGACAAUCAGCCGACCAUAGACGUGAUAUUCUUGAGUGACGAUGCGACCCCUAAGAUAUCCGAAUCGGCGCAACUGGACGAGUUCGUGGCUCGAAUAUCGGUGCACGAUCCGGACUCCAAGGCGGAAUACUCAAACGUUAACGUCACUCUGAGCGGCGGCGAUGGCCACUUCGAUUUGAGGACUCACGAUAACAUAAUUUACUUAGUCGUGGUAGCGUUACCUUUGGAUCGUGAGUCGCAGUCUUCUUACACGCUGAAUGUGGUAGCUACGGAUAAGGGAUCUCCUCCCUUGCACGCGUCGAGAGAGAUCAGUCUCCGAGUCACUGAUGUUAAUGAUAACCAACCGGUUUUCGUUGAGAGCGAAUACAAAGCGAGCGUACCGGAGGCAGCAGCGUCCGGUACUCCAGUAGUUCAGGUUUCAGCGACGGAUGCGGACGAGGGUGACAACUCAGAGAUUAGAUACUCCUUGAUGCCGUCCCCACAAUCCGAGUGGUUCUCUAUUGAUGAACGUUCGGGGUUAGUGACGACACGGUCGCGAGUAGAUUGCGAGACGAACCCUAUGCCCAAGCUGACGAUAGUAGCGCGGGACCGCGGUAACCCUCCCCUCUCCUCCACCGCCACCCUCACAGUGACAGUGUUGGACGUGAAUGACAACGAGCCCAUCUUCGAUCAGUCCUUCUACAACGUCACCGUGCCAGAGAACGAGGCGGUCGGCAGCUGCAUUCUAAAGGUAAGCAAGUUUUUUGGAAAGCUCAUUAAUGUCAGCACUAAUUUAUUCCUAUUGUUCGACUACGUUUAGUCAUACGCAUGUUUGAUGCGUAUUUUACUAGUAGCAGUAUUAACAAAAAGUUUUAAUACACCGAUGUACAUCUGUUGGCAUACUUUUGCAUAGCACGCAGUUCUCACGGUCGAGCCUCUACCGAGUUUCUGAUGAGUUUGACCUGUAAAUGACGUUAUUAACACUUGUAAUUUGAUAAAUGAGUUUCCCGCCAUUUGUACCAAAAUCUCGCCUCGAUUCACCUCGAGGUGAAAGUAGGCGCGUGACUACUGGUAAUUUGCGAUAUUUGAUUAAAUUACGGCCGUGCGCCGCGGCGCCGUAAUGCCAGCGAAAUGUCAGCGGGUUGCGGGAUACAAUGUGCCGAGUGAUAAUUCUAUCUCAUUGCUGCCUUAUUGUGCCAAUACCAUAUUUGUAAAAUUGAAGAACUGCACCCAUAGAGAGCGGGGUUAUAUAAAAACUAUUUUCAUAACCAGUGCGCCGUUUUCUACAGCAGAAAUUAAUCAAGCCGCUUGUUACCGCAACAUGGUCGCUGAAAAAAACGCUAGUUGCCAUUUCGAACGUAAAUUAUUCUCAAGCUCUAUCAAACGCAAGUAACGAGUUGUGCACUGGAAUAAUCAUGUUGCGCCGAUUGCAAAAAGACUACCCGACCCAUAAAUACGUUUCAACGAUAUGUUUAAUAAAUCAUUGUGUUGGUUGCUCGUGAGAUAUGUGAGGAUUGGCCUUUGAAUAGUAUUAUUUGCACAUGCGAAUUGUUAAAGAGGUAACUUUAAUUUACUUUAAAACAGGCUUUGUAACGUGAAAACUCGGUACACCAAUUAGUUACGUGGACAGAUCAAUUCCGCUUAUCGGGCGCGCUCCCAGCCUGCACUUGACGAAUUUGUUAAAAAAGGGCCCAAUUUUCAUUAAGUCUUAUCGGUGAUCCGGUCGGCCGGUCGUAACUUAUGCGAGUUAAUUUCUUUUAAUAUAUUCGCGGGGUGGUGGUGUGUAGUCGUGUGUCGGCCGCAUAAAUCUAUCGGGUGGAGUGAUGCGAGUUUGGGCGUGUGGCGAGACGCAUCGCAAAUUGCGAUCUUAAUUGAAAAUUAAACAGUGCGCUCGGCUGCGGCGCGCUCUGGAGCUCUAUUUUUGAAUCACUCG